CGUCAGACGUCAGCUGACAGCAGCGAGUGACACCUGUCCGAGUGCCGAGUGGCCAUACCGGGGACGUCUCCGACCUCUUUCUCCCGGCUUAGGGCUUCGAAGGCGGCCCUCGGAGCCAGCCAGCCCCGGCAUGGCGGCCGACAUGGAGCCGCGAGCGCAGGUUCGGAAGCCAUGUUUGCUGAGCAAGAUCGACGCUUUCCAAGAUGUGGUGAGCGCGGCGGUCAUCAUCCCCAAAGAAGAUGGCGUCAUCAGCGUGUCUGAGGACAGGACCAUCCGUGUUUGGUUGAAGCGGGACAGCGGUCAGUACUGGCCCAGUGUCUACCACACCAUGCCAUCCGCGUGCUCCUGCAUGACCUUUAACCCUGAGACCAGGAGGCUGCUGGUGGGCAUGGACACGGGCAGCGUGUGCGAGUUUGUCCUGGCAGACGACUACAACAAGAUGGUGGCCACACACACCUACCAGGCCCACCAGGGUAAAGUGACGGUGGUGCUGUUGGUGCUGGAGAUGGAGUGGCUCCUCAGUGCGGGUCAAGACAAGAAACUCACCUGGCACUGUUCUGAGAGCAGCCAGCAGCUGGGGGAAUACCACACUGCAUCAUGGGUAACUGCUAUACAAUUUGACGUGGAGACAAGACACGCCUUUGUGGGUGACCAUUCGGGUCAGGUGACCAUCUUGAAGCUGGAUCAGGACACCUGCAGCCUGGUCACCACCUUUAAGGGUCACACAGGUCAUGUGACAGCACUGUGCUGGGACCCCUCCCAGAGAGUGUUGUUCUCAGGCAGUUCAGACCAGUCCAUCAUCAUGUGGGACAUUGGAGGACACAAAGGCACCGCCAUCGAGCUGCAGGGACACAGUGACAAGGUGCAGGGAUUGUGUUACGCCUCACACACUCGCCAGUUGAUGUCGUGCAGUGCAGAUGGAGCCAUGGUGAUCUGGAACAUGGACGUCAGCAGACAGGAGACUCCAGAGUGGCAGGACAGUGACUCAUGUCAGAAAUGUGAGCAGCCAUUCUUCUGGAACUUCAAGCAGAUGUGGGACAGCAAGAAGAUCGGUUUACGACAGCACCACUGCAGGAAGUGCGGGCAGGCGCUGUGCAACAGGUGUUCCUCCAAGCGCUCCACCAUCCCGCUCAUGGGCUUUGAGUUCCAGGUGCGCGUGUGCGACACCUGCCACGCCUCCAUCAGCGACCAGGACCGCGCGCCCACCGCCACCUUCCACAGCAGCAAGCAUGGCGUGCUGCACCUGCACUACGAGCCCACUGGAGGAUGUCUGCUCACCUGUGGCACCGACAAGAUCAUCAAGCUGUGGGACAUGACCCCCGUCGUGUCCUGAGGUCACACCCACAAGCUCCUCCCACACGCCGCCAAGAGAGGGGGCGGAGCCACAGGGAUAGUGGACGGACUGUGAGUGAAACUGGUGUGUGUGUGUGUGUGUGUGUGUGUGUGUGUGUGUGUGUGUGUGUGUGUCAUGGUUAACACAUGAGAGGACCUGCUUAAAGUCGUCCUGGUUAAAGCCAACCUGGUUAAAGUCAUCCUGGUUAAAGUUGUCCUGGUUAAAGUUGUCUGGGUCAGAGUCAUCCUGGUUAAAGCCGUCCUGGUUAAAGUCAUCCUGGUUAAACUUGCCUUGGUUGAAGUUGUCCUGGUUAAAGUCGUCCUGGUUAAAGUCGUCCUGGUUAAAGUUGUGCUAGCAAGGAGCCAAUGAGGUGACUUCUUGUUGAAAGGAAAGAUUAGAAAGGAGGAGGAAGCCACGCCCCCUUGUCAGUGUGGCCAAAGAGGCGGAGCUAGGGCAGGAUGGUGAUUGUAGGGUGAGAGCCGCUUGUGUUGACAUGAAAGAUGUAAUAUAGCAACAUUCCACCUGGACACUUCCUGUUGACUGCAAAAUAAAAGCAUGACAGGAAUCAUAGAAGAAGAAAUAUUCUCACACCUUUUCCUCCUGGCGCAGAUUAUGUCAACGACCGCUUAUGUCGACAUGAGUAUCUGCAUGGUGACAGGGUGUAAUACACACACUAUAAUAUUCAUGUUGUCAUUGAUCAAUUCUUCAAUACUUGUAUAUAAUAUUCAUGUUGUCAUUGAUCAAUUAAAGAUCAAUUCUUCAAUACUUGUAUAUAAUAUUCAUGUUGUCAUUGAUCAAUUAAAGAUCAAUUCUUCAAUACUUGUAUAUAAUAUUCAAGUUGUCAUUGAUCAAUUAAAGAUCAAUUCUUCAAUACUUGUAUAUAAUAUUCAUGUUGUCAUUGAUCAAUUAAAGAUCAAUUCUUCAAUACUUGUAUAUAAUAUUCAAGUUGUCAUUGAUCAAUUAAAGAUCAAUUCUUCAAUACUUGUAUAUAAUAUUCAAGUUGUCAUUGAUCAAUUAAAGAUCAAUUCUUCAAUACUUGUAUAUAAUAUUCAAGUUGUCAUUGAUCAAUUAAAGAUCAAUUCUUCAAUACUUGUAUAUAAUAUUCAUGUUGUCAUUGAUCAAUUAAAGAUCAAUUCUUCAAUACUUGUAUAUAAUCAUGUUGUCAUUGAUCAAUUAAAGAUCAAUUCUUCAAUACUUGUAUAUAAUCAUGUUGUCAUUGAUCAAUUAAAGAUCAAUU